CCAGCAGCACACCAGCCCUAAUCUCUGGCCCUACAGCACCCACUCGGCAGCCAAGGUUACCACUGACCCCAAGCCCUUCUUCCCUUCAACAGGAUGAGAGUGACAGGUCUGAUUCGUUUUGUGGUCUUCAUCUUCACUGUGGUCACCAUGUGGGUCUUCCUCCGAAGCUACACCAACUUCAGCAGGAAAACCAUCCGUCUGCCGCGCUGGCUGGGCAUGCCCCCCAAGGAGAUCCAGACCCCGAAGUUCAAAUGUGGGCUCAACAAGGCCUGCCUAAAGAACUUCUUCGCCUUUAAAAUCAGCAGUGGAGCUGCCAAUGUCGUGGGUCCCUCCAUGUGCUUUGAAGAUGAAAUUAUCAUGAGUCCUGUGAGAAACAACAUAGGCAGAGGCCUGAACAUCGCUCUGGUGAAUGGAACUACAGGCUACGUGAUGAAGAAGGGCAGCUUUGACAUGUACUCUGGAGACCCCCAACUCCUGCUGAACUUCCUUGCAGAAAUUCCACAUAGCACCCUGGUGAUGGUAGCCUCCUAUGAUGACCCAGGGACCAAAAUGAACGACAAAAUCAGGACGCUCUUCUCCGACCUGGGGAGUUCCUACGCCAAGGAGCUGGGCUUCCGGGACAGCUGGGUCUUUGUAGGUGCUAAAGACCUCAAGAGUAGAAGCCCGUAUGAGCAGUACUUAAAGAACAACCCAGAAACAAACAAAUAUGAAGGCUGGCCGGAGCUACUAGAGCUGGAGGGCUGUGUGCCACGGAAAGUAAUGUAGGUGGCCUUGGCCCUUCUGGCCUAGGGAGCCAAAGAAAUGCCUAACUGACUUGAGAGCAGAACCCAGGAGUGCUGGGUCUAUGCUGACAGGAGCUGACUGGGAGGAAGAAAGGAGAAGCCAUAUGGGAUGCUCUGAUCACCCCCUGCACAAAGUGACUCACUUCCCCUCUAAGGAAGCAACAGCCUCCCACUGCCCCAUGGUGACCAGCUUGAGGAUGGGCAGCCAUGGGCCCUGCGGAACCGGCUGUGGUGGAGAGAACAAGACCUUCCAAGACUGCCCAUGGUUGUCUCCAGAAGGACUGACUGCCUACACUCACCUGAGCAGGAUUAAAUUCUAUUUUUGCUGAUUUUGAACUUU